UUAUAAAGUAAUGGGUAAGGGUUCAAUGAUCUGUGUUUGACCUGGAAUUCAAUUCUCAUGCCAGAUCGUCAUACACAUGAACUCGUACUAGCUAGUAUUUUGUGUCAUUGACUCUUAAAGGAGUCGCUAAGACUUAAUGCAUUUGUAGAUGUGUUUAUGUUAGAAAGUGGUGUAAAAUAGUGAAAUCUGCUGCAGGAGCAGCGAUACACGUGUGAAAGAAAUUUAUUCGAACAGAUGGCAGAUAAACAAAGAACUGUUGUGGUGGCUAUGGAUGGAAGUGAUCACGCUAUAAAGGCGUUCAAAUGGUUCUGUAAAUCAAUGAAACAUGACAAUGACAAGGUGGUGAUGGUUUACUCAGUUGAGCUGUAUGGCGACGUCUACUCAACGCAGUGGCUCAGUGUUCCAUACUCUGGGCCAUCUCUAACAGAUAUGAUAGAAAAACAACGAAAGGAGAUCAGAGAAAAGCUCGACGAAUUCGCUAAAAUGAUGAAAAACGAACAUGUGCCAGGGACCGUAAAAAGUGUUAAUUCGGAAGAUCCAGGAGAAGGAAUCAUCAAAGCUGCCGAGGAGGUCAAAGCGGACAUGAUUGUGGUCGGGUCACGUGGUCUUGGUGCCGUGAGAAGGACUAUUUUAGGCAGUGUUAGUGACUAUGUUUUACAACAUUCCUCAAUACCAGUGAUUGUUUGUCCUGAGCAAUCCUGAUAGUUCUUACAAAGUCGUCCCUGAUAUUGCAAAUUGGCAUAUGUACAAACUGUGUUAGAAAAGCAGUCUCAGAUAAGUUUUGUUUGAAAACUUUGAAUGAGUAUUUAUGCUUGUGUUUGUUGAUGAUGAAAAUGAGAUUAGAAAUUGCAUUGAAUACCAUCUCACUCAAUAAUUCAAAGACUUUUCAUUACAUAUAAUAUACAAAUAAAUGUUUAAAUAUUU